CAAAAUCUAGACAGCUAGCCAGAUCCCAAAAGUAAACUCAUAUGUAAAAACUAAGGGCCCUGUCCUUUUUUCCUUUCCGUCACUCCAGUCUCUCUCUUUCUCUUUCCCCCUCACUCUCACUCUCGCCCGCCAGGAGCAACCACUGCAGAUCUCUUCGUUCUGUUUACGACCUUUUUUCUCUUCUGGGUGCCCAAUUUUGCGUUCGGCACUUCUGCUGCUGACACCAGACGUUCAGUCUAGCCUUGGAACUUUAUCGUUCUUUCUCCUCGGUUCUUACCAUCCUCGACUUCUUCAACGGAAAACAAACUAUUUUUCCUUUUCUCUGAGCGCUUUGUUUCAUCCAUCUAUCUCGCCCACCCGCUCACCCACUCUAACCAACCAACACACUCUCCGCCCACCAUGGGUCUUUUCAAGCGCAAAGACUCUAAGAACUCGAUCCAGAGUGAGAAGGAUGAGCAGGAAUCCUUUGCCUCCGCCAACAGUGCCCGUACCUCGAGUGCAUCGUUGAGAUCCCCCGGGUAUAAGGGAAGCGGGUUGCCUGCCUCCAUACCAGAGAUGCCGAUUGCCAAACCGCCCGAUCCAGCCCUGGAUCCCGCAGCUUAUUUGCGGAGCAUCCACGCCGUCCGCGAACGAUGCUCAUACGUUCUCAACAAGGCGAAGAGAAACAGACUCAACCACUUUGAUGUUGAUAUGAGCAAAUUCAUUGCCACUGCCUCGUACAUUGUAUCUAUCAUCAAGAGAGACUAUGCUCCCGACUACGACGCGAUUCCUCCUCAUGGACGCUGGCAGCACUUUGACGUGGGUGGCCGACCCCGCGUCAACCAACUGCUUCAGUCCUGGCCUAGUACUAUUGACGCGCAAGAACGGACCCGUCGGCUGAUCGAUCUGUUUGUCGUCUCCGUUCUUCUUGAUGCGGGCGCAGGGAACGGAUGGUCCUACAAAUCCAAGGAGUCGGGCAAGAUCUACUCUCGCAGCGAAGGCUUGGCAGUAGCUACGUUGGAAAUGUUCAAGAGUGGCUUGUUCAGCAGCGACCCCACCGAACCCUGUCAGGUGGACGGCGCUGGGCUGAAGAAGAUUACCGUGGAGGUGCUUGCUAAGGGAAUGCAACACUCGGAGCAGAACCCGCUUGCAGGCAUUCAAGGUCGCGCUGGACUGUUGAUCCGACUUUCUGAAGCUUUGAACAACCAGGACUUCUUCGGCGUCGAUGCGCGACCCGGAAACUUGCUAGAUUACCUUCUUUCCCACCCGUCUACACUCGCCUCGUCCGUUCCGAUCGUUCCUAUCACCACCCUCUGGAGUGUGCUCAUGGACGGACUCACCCCGAUCUGGCCUCCCUCGAGAACGCAGAUCGACGGCCUGUCUAUCGGAGACGCAUGGCCCUGCUCUGAUCUACCUAAAUCGCCACCCGCACAGCCCUGGGAGAACAUCGUCCCGUUCCACAAAUUGACGCAAUGGCUCUGCUACUCCAUCAUGGUUCCCAUGUCGAAAUUGAUGAAGAUCCACUUUGCGGGCAGUGAACUGCUGACGGGUCUUCCCGAAUAUCGCAACGGCGGCCUCCUGAUUGAUAUGGGACUGUUGAGUCUGAAGGAGAAAGACCUGGAGCGCGGGCUCACGGCAUACAGAGAGAAUGCUCAGAUUAAAGGACAGCCAAAUGUCGAGGUUGUGCCCCUUUUCUCGACGGAUGAUGAUGUGGUGGUGGAGUGGCGUGCCGUCACUGUUGGCUUCCUAGACGAGCUGUUGUCAGAAGUCAACGGGCAGCUUGGGCUGGUAGGAGAAGACCAGUUGACACUUGCACAGAUGCUAGAGGCAGGCUCAUGGAAGGGUGGCCGCGAGAUUGCCGAAGUAUCCAGGCCCAAUACGAAGGAGCCUCCCAUCAUGAUACGCUCGGACGGCACUGUUUUCUAAUGAUCGCAUACCUCGUUGAUUUCCUGGAUACCUGACUCCGCCAGCUAGCGUUUGCUGAUUACCUUACGGCUGGUGGAAGUGCU